AAAGAUGGCAAAGUAUUUCAGCCAGAAUGAUAUCGAUUUGUUUAAGGAGUGUUUUUUCUUUAUCGCUAAGCGAGGGUACACCACAAACGAGGACGAGAUGGGAGUUAUAAUGAGAUCUCUAUCUUACAGCCCUACAGAAGAAGAAAUUCACAACUACUACCAGAAAUAUGUCAAAGAUGGGAAGGUAGAUUUUGCUUCAUUUUUGGAAGUUAUGCAUGAGCACAACACAAAGGAGAAUGCAAUGAGGGAAAUUACAAAUGCUUUUAGAGCACAUGACACAGAGGGCAAAGGUUAUGUACAGGUUAAUGAAGUGAAGAAUAUUUUGUUAAAUCUUGGAGAGAGGGUGUCACGCAGAGAAUUGGAAGCAUUGUUUAGAGAUGGCGGUGUUACUGGUGGUCAGAUAAGAUAUAGUGAAUUUAUAGAUAAUAUAGCCCAGCCAGUACCAGAUUAUUGAUAUGUUACACGGUGUUAUCAUUCCAAAUAUUCAUCAUAAUUGAGCUGCGUCACGCCAAAACCAACAUAGUGCGUUUGCAGUCAGCAUGGAUCCAGACCAGCCUGCGCAUCUGAGCAGUCAGAUCAGGAUCCAUGCUGUUCGCUAUCAGUUUCUCUACUUGUAAUAGGGUUGGUAAGCGAACAGCAUGGAUCCUGAUCAGACUGCGCGGAUGCGCAGGCUGGUCUGGAUCCAUGCUGGUCGCAAACCCAUUAUGUUUGUUUUGUCAUGGCACGGCUCAAUUAUAAUAUAUUCACCUAGAUGUGAAACUAUACUUUAUCAUAUGUUUUCUAUUUAUAGCAUAUAUGCAGUGACAAUAGUUUAUUGGUUAAAGCAGCAUGCCUCCAGAUUUAUGCUUAUUUUCAUGAUUUUUUAAAAAAUGUAUAAGAAAGUAAAAUAUUGUCAAGUGAUCAUAGAAAGUAAUUUUAACAUUGAAAAUGGCUCUACGAAAAUUACCAAAAAUAGGUCAGAACAUGCAAAAAUAGCCCUUACUGCAUUAGUCACAAUUAUAAUACUAAAAAGUAUGUAAAUUGUAUAUAAUAUAUAGAUUAUUAAUUGAAUUUUCCUUAAAAUCUUAGUACAAUUUUCUUGUUUUCUUGAAAUAUUUCGGCUCAUCUGGAGGCAUGCAGCUUUAAAAUGUUAUGAAACAUUGUACAGAAUAUUUUUUACUUGUUUGUAAACAGAGCAAAUUUUGAUGAAAACUGAAUAAAACAAAAUCUGUAUGGGAAAUUAAGCUGUGAUAAAAAUAUAAAUAUUGGUGUUUUAUAAGAAAUUAUAUUGUUCAAUAUUAUACAUGUAUGUAUAAACCAUUUUGAAAUGAAAAUCAGUUGUUUAGUUACAUUAGACUACAUGUAUUUUGCAUUGUAGAAUACUUGAAAAUGUCUAUUCUCCCAGUUGUGUUAAUUUUAUAAAUAACAUUUGUAACAGAAUCCAAAUUUUCGCUUUGAUUUUAUAAUGCAACUUGCCACUUAUAUGCAAAUUAGUUUGAGAAUUCUUUGAAUAUUUUGUAAAAUAACUACUGCAAUCAUAAUUUUAUUCACAACACACAUUUUUGUUUUCUGUGUAUACAGAUGAAGCAUGUCAUUCUGAAGGCAAACUUUUUGUACCAUGACUUGUAGAACUGAAUUUAUUUGGCCAGCUUUUACUAUGUCUUUUCUUCUUUCUUUGUAUAAUGAUAAAUACCCAUAUUGUUGUUAAUGUGUCAGAACAAAAAAAGGUUAAAGGUCAUAACACACUUAAAAAUUGUGAAUUUAUAUUAUGUAAUUGCUAAUAAGUUAUUAUUUAAUUAAGUUAUUAUUAAAUACAGUUAAAAGAUCAUUUUUUAGGGUUUUAUAUCAUAAAUAUGAUGCUCAAAUGAAGAUUUAUCAAUAUUGUAAGUUCAAAAAAAAAUUUUGUAAAGAAAUUACCAAAUUUACAUUUCAUAUAAAUAAAGGGACGUAAUUAGAAUUUUAUUUUCGAUAAAGUCUAAGCCAAUAUUUUAAAUAUAUAUUUUAAUGAUUCUUUAUAGUGUUUAUAAACAUUUGCAGUACAUAUUUAACAUAUUCUUUGAUGUUUGAAAAUUGUUUUAGAAGAAUAGAUAUAUACAUAGAUAAAAUUUCACUUCAGUGUUCUUACAUCCUUAAUUACAACAUACAUGAUCUUAAAUUUAUUCUUGAAGGUUUAUAAUCAAAGGGACAUGUUUCUUGUUCGGUUAUUUCAGCAUUUAGCUCACAUCUAUUUUACAAGAAUAGAUCGCAUUUGGUGUUUCUGAGCUUCGUGAGAUCAGGUCCUAGUAAAAUUCACUCGAGUCAAAUAAAAAUUUUAAGUCAAGAUACCUUCUUUUAACAAUAUUUUUAUCAUACGGCUUGGAUUUGUUAUAAGGUUUGGAUUAAGUGAGUAGCUUAUACAUAAAUUAUAUAAUUGCGAUGUUAAUUUCUUGAAGGAACUCUGCAUAGUUUCAAUUUUGAGGCUAUCUAGUUGUACUAGAAUCCUAAUAUUAUUUUUUGCAUGUAAGUGCAGGCACACCUGCUCUAUACGGUUGCCCAUCGUUGUUUACAUUUACUCUUAAAUCUGCAAAAACUUUAACCAGAAAACGCAACAUUCCAGUUUGUGUUAUUGGGGAAUAUUGAAAGACAUUUUUAAAUGACUUCUUUUGUAGUUAUUUUUGUUGUUUGAAUAUUAUGUAUAUCAUACUUUUGAUAAAAGAAUAUUAUGUCUGA